CCCUCGUCGUCUCCCCUAAAAACGCGGCAACCUCCAUCCAUCUCCACGCCUACGGCAACCGCCGUCGCGUUACAUCUUUUCCAAUCCCAACCCACGCCAGGAGCAUUUCCACCCUCCCCCUCCUGGUCCUCCUUGCUACAACUACGUUUGACACCGUCAGUCUAUGACGCGGAAAGGGAGAGAGGGAGAAGAGAGAGAGAGAGAAAGAGAGAGACAGAGAGACCAUGCCGGGUCGCCCACCGAAGCGGCCGGCCGAAGGUGGCGAUCCUGCUGCCACUUCUUCCGAUGGCGACGCCGCUCCAACAGCUGCCGCCAAGGUGAAGCUGCCGAGACUCGAAAAAGGCGGCCAGGAGGACUUCUCCUCCGUCGUCAAGAACCGUCUGUCAUCCUACACAAGGACUGGACAGGCUUGCGACAGGUGCAAAGUUAGGAAGAUACGUUGCGAUGCCCUUCCCGAAGGAUGCUCCCACUGCAUUAACCAGAACCUCGACUGCUACGUCACCGAUCGCGUCACCGGCCGUACCGAGCGAAGAGGCUACCUCCAGGAGCUCGAGAGGGAGAAGAUGGACAUGCUGUCCCAUGUGCGCGAGCUCGAGAAGCUCCUCGAGAACAAUGGCAUCGAGGUCAAGCCCUACAACUGGUCCCCUUACGGCGCCAGCUACCCGCCUCCCGGCGUCACCUAUGAUCACAUGGGCAACCCUAUCGAAGACCCUGCCGAGAAGGACGCCUGGACCAAGGUCGGCUCCCUCUGGGUCAAGAACUACGCCUACAAGCCAGCCGCCAGUCGCUCGUUCCCCCGCUCCACUCUUGAAUCGCGUCCCGUCCACAACCAUCUCGGUGUCGGCUCCGACAGUGCGCCUCUCAGCUCCAUUAAGGGUACUCAGCUGUCCAUCCUCGGCACCACCAUUGACGUUACAUCCUUUGACGCCCCUGAUAUCGACGAGCCCGCACCCGACACCAAAGUCUCCCAGCCCCUCUACAACAAGUCGCUCCAGUCUUUUCUCCAGUCAUGCAUGAACAUUAAUCCUCACGUCGCCAUCGAGCUUCCCUCGCGAAGCGACGCCUUCACCUACUCAGAGUGGUAUUUCCUCAUGAUAUGGCCCUUCCUGCCAGUCCUGCACAAACCAACCUUCCUGGACAUCCUGACCCGCAUGUACGAUGAACCCAACUUCGAGCCGUCGGUCCCUGAUCUAGUCAUGGUCCACAUGGUUUUCGCCACAAUAUACUUCCAGUACGGCGUGCGGAAUUGGGAGCAGCAGGAGACGCGUUCUCAGCUCAACGAUCUAUCUAACAAGCAUUACCACUUCGCCCUGAGCAAGAUGUUCGACCUAGCCUCCUCGCAGUCCGUAGCCGCCGUCCAGGCCAUGGCCAUGAUUUGCGCACACAGUCGCAGCUUUCCCAAACCCGGAUGCGGUUCCAUGAUUGUCAACUUUGCCUUCCACCGCGCCAUCGACUUGAACAUGCACCGUGCCAUGAAGGUACCCGGCGACACGACCAAUCUGGAAAACGAGAUCCGCAAGCGCACCUGGUGGACCAUCCUACUCGUCUACGUCACACUGAAUGGCCGUCUCGGAAGGCCCAUGCCCAUCACGGUCGAGGAGUACGACGUCGACUUCCCGGAGCCCAUCGCGGACGAGGCCCUGACCCCGGACGGCGUAGACCCCUCCGUCACAACGCCAUGCACGUAUCACGUCGGACUGGCUGGUUUCAAGAUCCUGCCCCUCUUUAUGGAGAUGUACUCCAACAUCUACAGUGUCAGACGUGACCCCAAAAACUACGUUGAUGUGGUCAACUCUCUCGAGGAACAGCUUCGUCUGUGGAAGGACAACCUGCCCGAGUCUCUUCAGAUCAAUCCCGGUCAGACGGAGCACGAAGGCCGUAUGUACGCCCUGUAUAUACAGAUGUACGCACUCGAAUUCCGUCUCUGCCUGCGCCAUCCGUCCGUGGCAAUGACCAGCGACCGAAAGAUGCUUCUCGAGAAUGCCCGCAUUUGCGAAGAGACCGCUGCACAUAUGCUUAAUGCCGUCAAGAGCCUGGUGAAGCUCAAGUCUCUAGACACGACAUGGUACCAGAUGGCCGUGUACGGUGCUGCCAUCUUCACAACCUUGGUUGCCCACUGGGAGCGAAGAUUCGAGGCGACGCCCAGUCAGAUCGCUAGCCUUCGCGAGGAGAUGAGAGACUGGAUGGAGAUCAUCAAUGCAACGGUUUCGCUGCUAGGGACUGGCGCUCGCAUCAGCAACGAAAUCAACGUGAUCAUUGAGAGGACCAUUAGUUGGAUCGAGCACGAUCAGAAGCAGAAAGACUCAUCACUCACCCCGGCGAUCAAGCCCGACCCGGUGGAAUCAUCGCCCUUCCAGCUUUCGUCACAGCACCCGACAACGCAAAGUAUGGCUGCCAGCGCCGUCGAGACGGCUGCGAAAGCUUUCUACCCGGAUUCUACCAACUCAAACGAGACAACUCCGUAUCCGUCUCUGGCCUACGCUGAGCAGCCAUCCAGCAAUAACAACGUGAAUAACGUGCCAUCGACGGCUGGCUUUGAGACCGAUAACGGCUAUUCAUACACGUCUGCGGGGCAACCAACUAGCACGGCCGACGACAGCUCGGCCGAGACUAAUCCUCUCAUUGCCUUCGCCUCUCAGGCCACCCAACACGUGGCGGACCCUGCGGGCUCUGCGGCGGCGGCCGAGCUCCUCUGGAGACAGUCAGCAUCGCAAGGGAAUACCUGGCAUGACUGGACAGCGGCCAUGGCCGACAGCCAGGACAGAUACAGCGCCAACGCUCUGCUGACUCUGGGUGGCGCCUCUCGGGAUACAGGCUCGGUGACAGAGACAACAACCGUGGCCGACAUGACUGCCGUGUCAGCUCCGGCCGGCCAGUGGCCACUCAUUAUUUUCGACGGUGCAGCAAUACCCGGUGGUCAGUAGCGAGUCCAAUGUUCUUCGUAGCGUUGUUUGUUCUUCCAGUCUUUUUGUUUCAGUUUUUUCUUGUCCCAUUCGGUCAUGUUCUGUAAUAGAGCAAUGCAAGGCGUUCUUAUGGGGGAGGUUGUCCGUCAUAGCCAGUUCAUGCUUUUUCUGGGCUUGGCAACAGAGGAAAAGGGGUUCAUGGAAACGGGUAAGGGAAGUCGAGGGUUCGACUAGGCCUUUUGGGAUGGACCAAGUAAAGGUCAAGGUCCUGGCGUUCUUGGGUAAGCCACACGUUGGCAUCACAGUUUUCUUGAGCAUUGUUUAUACCUGGCUACAAUGUGAGCCUCGCGAAGCAUACCAUUUCGCCUUCGUCGGCGGUAUUUGCAUUCCAUUCCUCGCGCAUCAUCGCUCUGGUUUAGCAUUAUGCCUCUCACAUCUACCGUAGUCUAUUUUCGGGUCGAUUCAAUCACCCGAGGCAGAUCUGAACGGGACGAUGUCGCCAUGCAAGAACAAGUAGAAAGGUGUCGUAUUGCCGGCAAUACCAUUCUGGCAGACGAUUCGCUUUCAAGUGAUCAACGCUGGGAAGUGAGGGCGCUGGCUAAACGCUACUAAAACAAAACAAACACGACUCAUAUUGAUCCCUAACAGUGACGGUAAGAGGAUUCAUUCAUACAGGAGUCCCAAGGAAGCAGUGCACAUCAGUCAUGGCCAAUGAUCAAGAAAGCCACUGCCAAUCAAGUCCUAAUAUCAAUCUUCAUGAAUUGAGUGGCAGAAUUCGAGACAUUUUCGCGGUGGAGAAUGCGAAACGUUGUAUUUGAUGGAAGCUGUAGAAGCCAG